CAACAGAUCCACUACUAGCCUGCUCCGAUGAAACUGGGCUGGACGACGGAUUUUUACGCGUGUAAUGACGCAUUUACUGGAUGAACUGUACGCAGUAUUACGACUGAAAUGAAUAGGGAACUGCACGUGCAUUUGGGGUGAAUUUUAAAGCAGCUGUCCAUCUCUCAAGGCGCCAUGGAGCUCUUCAACCUGCGGUCAUUCAACACACCUUGCACGAGCGGUCGUUUCCAAGAGGUGUCCGUGCGUUCUCAAAGAACUUCUCACCUCUCUGUCGACUCUUAGGACAUGCUGUGUUUUAUUCAGACGCCUCGCACACACUUGAGAGACGUUUUCCAGUAACAAAUAGAAAUGCAGAGCCGUUGUGUAGCAAGAAGCUCGGCCGGUCUGUCCGCGGUGCGCUCCUGCCUGCUGCUGCUCUUCAUCCACAUGAGCGCACCGGUGGAGGCGAGGAAAGUGCGCGGAGGUCGGGCGCAAACUCGGCGGGUGCAGCAGCAGCAGCAGCAGGCUCCGGCGUACAGGGAGCGGGUGGAAGGACCAGAGAGCUUCCCUUUAGACUUUACAGCCGUGGAGGGCAACAUGAACAACUUCAUGGUGCAGAUAAAGAACUUGGCGCAGUCACUGUACCCGUGCUCUGCGCAGAAACUGGACCAAGACAUGAAGUUGCACUUUUUGAAGAAUGUGUCUGUGACUUGCAAUGACGGGUCACCUGCAGGGUACUACAUCAAGGAGUCCAAAGGCAGCAAGAGGUGGCUGCUGUUCUUGGAAGGUGGAUGGUACUGUUUCAACAGGCAGACCUGUGACAGCAGGUAUGAGACAAUGAGGAGACUGAUGAGCUCCGCCAAGUGGCCACAAACCAGAACAGGAACAGGAAUCCUGUCUCCUCAGCCGGAGGAAAACCCGCACUGGUGGAACGCCAACAUGGUGUUCAUCCCAUACUGCUCCAGUGAUGUGUGGAGCGGCGCCAGCCCAAAGACAGAUCACAGUGACUAUGCAUUCAUGGGAUCUCUGAUCAUAAAGGAGGUGGUGAAUGAGCUGCUGACAAAAGGUCUGGACAACGCCAAGGUUCUUCUUCUUGCAGGAAGCAGCGCGGGUGGUACAGGUGCCCUGCUGAACGUGGACCAAGUUGCUGAGCAGCUGGCGUCACAGGGCCACACAGGGGUGCAGGUCAGGGGCCUGGCAGACUCCGGAUGGUUCCUGGACAACAAACAAUACAAAUUCACAGAUUGCCUUGAUACCAUCAGCUGCGCCCCCACUGAGGCCAUAAAGAGAGGCAUCAGGUACUGGGCCGGACAGGUGCCAGAGAGCUGCAGACAGGCCCAUGUUGGAGAAGAGUGGAACUGUUUCUUUGGGUAUAAAGUCUACCCCACGUUAAAAAGCCCGGUGUUUGUGGUGCAGUGGCUGUUCGAUGAGGCCCAGCUCACAGUCGACAACAUCCACCUGACGGGACAGCCGGUCCACGAGGGCCAGUGGAGGUACAUACAGAACCUGGGGCAGGAGCUGAGGGGCACUCUCCGUGAUGUACCGGCGCUGUUUGCUCCGGCCUGCUUGUCUCAUGAGCUCAUCACCAGAACUUACUGGAUGGACAUUCAGGUGAAAGGCACCUCCCUGCCCAGAGCCCUCCAUUGCUGGGACCGCAGCCUCCAAGACAACCUCCACAUCAACAGCAGCCACGGCAACCACAGCCACCAAAAGCACAAGACCCCACCCAUGAGGGGUUGUCCUCUACAUUUGAUUGACAGCUGCCCGUGGCCUCACUGUAACCCCUCUUGCCCAACUAUUCGUGACCAGCUGACGGGACAGGAGAUGAGCGUGAUCCAGUUCCUGAAGCACAUGGGCUUUGACGUGCAGAAGAUGGCUCAGCAGCAGGGAAUGGACCCCAGGAAGCUACUGGGCAUGCUCAAUAACGGGAGCUGAGUCACAUUUCAGUGUAGCGUCGGUAAGCCGUUCUGCAGAGACGAGAAAAGUGCUGAAUAUACAUCGAAGACAACAGCAACAUGGAAACGAAACUCUAAUGAGAAAACGUCAGUUCCUCCAGACAACAGACAAAACUAAUUCAGCAUUUGAAAAAACUGAACAACUGAAAUACUCACAAGCGCCUGAUGAGUUUUAAAGCUGUUACUGAGUCAAACACAAUCGAACCAGAACGUUUGAGCUGUUUAAACACAACAUAUGGGAUCACAUGUUCCUUGUUUUAACAAUAUAGACGGAUGCAGAUAUGCUAUUAUUGUGAGGUGUACACAAGUGCAAUGAACUGGCUGCAGUGUAUGUACAUACAUAUACAUAAAUACAGUAAAUAUAUACUGUAUAAUGUGUAUAUGCAGUUGAAACUGUCAUGGUGGUAGUCUUCAGUAGUCUUUAGAGUUGUAAUGAGGAAGCGCUGGACUGAAAACAGCUCCCAGUUUGUUUUGUGGGGAUUUGGUGCUCUCUUGUGUCAACUCUAAAUAUCACAUUCAGAAACCCAUCUACGGUGCUGCUGUUUCUAUCCUACACCAAAUAUGCUGCUUUUUCUCAUUUUGUAAAAAUAAUUUAAUGGAUAAUAUUUACUAAUAAAAAGGUACAAAGAUUAAGAUUAUUACUCUAUUACUGUUUUUCAGGCUCCUUAAAAGUGCUUGUAUAUUUAUUUUUCUACUGAAAAUAUCUUUUAUAUGUCUUAUAGUCGCAUACAGUUAGUCUUGUCUCCAUUUACUUUUGUUACUUGCAUGUUUGUAAA